AUGCCCGAGACCGCCUCGCCCAAGCGCAAGCGCGGCGCCGACGACGGUGCCGGCGAGACCAAAUCACCCACACCCCACCCUCAGACUAUGGGCGCCAACGAGAUCGCCCACCGCCGCCGUCUCGAGCUGCUCGCCAAGUCAAUCCCGCAGAUCACCAACCAGUGCCUUGUCCUGCGCUACCCCUCGCCCGACUCCCAAAUCGAGUGGGAGCAGCCGAAGGCGUACUGCCCCCUGCCUGUGACCUUCUACGGCACCGACUACUCGCCCCAUUUCCUCCAGGAGACGUGCGAAGUCAAGCUCUACAUCCCCUCGGCUGCGUUCGCCGACGGCGGCCCGGACGACAUUGACCUCCAAGUGCUCGAGAACACGGUCGGCGACUGGGUGUACGAGACGGGGAACCGCUACCCCAUCGAGGUGUUCACGUACGACGUCAAGCCGAAGGUUGAUGAGUCCGCACUCGCACCCGCACCGGAUGACAGCGUCGACGAGCCCAAGCACAAGAUCGCCAAGACUUCGCGCGCGGCGGACAACAAGGGCAAGGGUCCGGCCACGGCGCACAAGUAG